UCCCGAAUGUUGUAGAACACAUUGAUUUGUGCCCUUGUCCUUUCCACGGUGAUCAAUCGCCCGACCGUAUAGCGUUGGGAAUAGAUUUGGCUUCCAUAGACCCGUUAGCUAUUUUCUCAAACAAACAAAUGUUACACUUCUUAAAUUCCCAAGCACAUGAAAAAAAACACAAUUGACUUCGUUUGCUUGCAGAUAACUCGGUGCAUGGUUCUUUCGACAUGUCGCUUCGCAUGUGUAAAGUGAUAAGGUGAACGAGGCACAUGAUGAAGCGCCUUUUGGUCAUUGUUCGAUUGUCACGAAUGAGGAAAUGUCAUGUUGCCAGCAUGUAUACGUUAUAGAGAAUAUUGGCAAGAAUUUUUUUUUUCCUUUGAAUACGUGCAGGGCUAUCAUGAUUUGUCGAACGUAUAAUAAAGUUCUACUGAAUGUACAGUGUCAAGUUUUAUCCAAGUGUUCUGUCACAUGACGGAAUAUAAUUCUAGCUUCUCUACUGUGUUCUUUGGAAUAGAUAUAGCUAUCGUACACUUCAUUUACUGUAUAUUUAAACUUACUGUAAUUCAUUAUCUAUCCUUGGUUGUAUUUUUGAUGUAACUAACGUAUGUACUGUAAAUCGCCUAAUUUUUGCGGUGAGUCUUUUUCUCGCGGAUUUGCGAAUAAGAGGGACUAAUCUCAAAAAUAAAGAGGCCCGAAUUGGCGGUGUGAAGAAUUGGGUGGUUAUUCAUAUCGAGUGAGCAAUAAACAUAAAUUCCAUAAAUUGUACAUUGUACUUCAAAUAUGCCGUUCUCAAAUCACUACUCAACUACCCGCGACUACGGCGAGAUCUCACCGAUAUUACCAGAAGAAACGAGACAACGUCAUCAUCACCACCGAUGGGCCUCUGAUGACACAAUAAACAUUGUAUUUCAAGUUGAAAGACAAUACAUGUAGCAGGAGCAAAGAUAAUGCUUCACUGACAUCGCAAAUGUGAAAAGAGAGUAUUCCUUUCACGGAACUUGCUCGCUCACUUGUCCGUUUCGAACAAAAUCAAUAGCUCAAACUAUGAACUGGGCCAAGUUGACAAAAGUCAUUCACGUAUACACACCUCUUUCUUCAAUAUACUACUUCACUUGUAUUGGUCUACGACAGUAAUUUAUAUACAGGACAACCAUGCUAUGCAUUGAAUAAAACGUGACUGAAUAUCGUUGUGAUCUUUAAUACCAUUAUACGAAAAGGAUCGAAUUCUUGGUUGGGCGUUUACACGUACUUAGACAUGCGAAUACUUCAACAAAAGCUGAGGUGAUUUUGCGUUUACCGAAGUUCGAAUACGUACGCAUGAUUGUAUGGAUAUAGCGUUCUCAUCUCUCACAUCAUUUCAUCGAUAUAUAUUGGAUUUAUUGACUUCUUGAUCUUAUAAGUGGUACAUGAUAAACUGCAACAAAAGCCAUGAACACCAGCUCAAUCACCGCUAAUAUCUGUGCAGUAUUCAUCUGUUUGGUUUCCGCAGCUCUGGCCCAAUCGGAGGACCCUUUCAUCAAACACAAAUGGUGGCCAGCUCUUGGUUUCGCCGUGCCAAUUUCUUGCCUGUUGGUUGGAGUCUGCAUUGGAAGGUGCGUAUUUAAGCAGGAGAAAGAACGCCAGCGCGCUGAUGAGGAGAGGUUGACCAACGAGCAACAAGUGUCUGAUAGUACAAGGGAGAUGCAAUAUACAUCAGGAGAGAUGAGUUGUGAGGAUGCUGUGCAUAGAUUGUAAACAAAAUUGUACAAAGUACUCGUUAUAAGCAUUCUGGGGCACAAUAAGACAUGUAACCCAAAAGGUUCAAAAAAGAACUCAAAGAACCAACGUACGGAGUUAUAACUUGUGUAAAGAGUAUUGUUACCAAGCUGUUGGCUGCCUAGUCACUUCCACUCUUCAGCAGUAGUUUCCAUCAUCAAAUUGCACGUAAAAUUGUGACUAACUCAUAUAAUUAGAUGUAAUUCGUACAGCAGUAUCAUUUUUCGGUAUAUGUAUUUUAGCUUAAUGUAUAAAUAUCAUUUGUAGAAAUAUCAUUAUUUUAUAAAGAAUACAAAAAAGUCGUUUUUUAUGUAAAUUGACUAUUUUACAAUGUAUCAGUAAAUACAGUAGCACCUCUCUAUUAAGGAGACCUUUGAGAUUCUUCGGAUGAAAUAUCAUUUCCCUUCUACCUGUGUUUUAAGUUCACUAUACAUGCUUCCCGAAAUUGGUGGCUUGCAUUAAAACUAACUUUUCCCCCUUGUCCGUCAUUAAAGGCAUUCAAGUGUGUUGGUCAACCAUGACUAUCUCCUUUGUCCCUCCACCAUAAAGCCUAGUUUCCCCUUAUGACAUCACUAUUUUGGACACUCAGCGCCCCAUUUCUGGAAAGGUGUAUAGGAUAAAGGUUUCCUUCAAAUUGCGCCACGCGGAUAUUAUCUAUUGAUCGAUGAAUCAGUAUCACUGUGACCCGAAAUUGUUUAAAGGUCAGUCCUACAUUCUCCAUUAUUGAUUUCUAGAACUUAAUUAGAGCAGCGUACAUGUAUCCUCGAGAACUUUAUCCGUAAUGUGUGCAAUAAGAAGUCUAUGUUCCUUCAAAUGACAAAAGGCAUGAACAUUUCACAAUGAAAACAGGAGAAUUAUUUACUUUGAUUUGGCUAACAACUGUCGCUUAUCACAAAGCAUUUGCUCAAGAUUGCAGCGAAAGAAACGAAAAGGUUUUCAAUGGGUACUGCUAUUCCUUCAACCUAAAUACCUCAAGUGUAUUGGCUAAAGAAGCUAUUUCUGCCUGUAAGGGUCAGAACGCAACCCUAGCAGAUAUAAGGAGCCAAGAGGAGCAGACUUUCAUCUCAGAUAUAGUAGGAGAGCUUGUCACGGGGAGUGAGAAGAUGUGGAUUGACGGCCAGGCUGAAUUCACAAACUGGCACUGGGCUAAUGACGGUAGUCCGUUGGGCGUACAAGGAUGUUUCAAACUAAACUCCGAAACCCAAUUAAUGCAGGCUCACCCUGACAGUGUCUCACCAACGGAAUGCGCCAAAGAAUGUCUAAAGAAAUGGUCGAUUUCAACACUCCAAGUAAACUUCAUCUAUCUUAAGGCUGUGAGUAGUGUUUUGUUCUGUUACUGCGUUUCUGACCUAAAAGGACAAGAUGGUUAUUACUCCGAGAGCUGUACCACACCUUGCGAUGAUGGCAACUACACGUGUGGUGCACGAGGCGCAAUAGACAUCCACGCUAUAAAUGGGACCUACUCUAACUGGAUAGACGCCGGCCGCGGCAAUGAGGCAGUACAUGCCACACCUUGCGCCAUGAUGGAUGGAUCAGAAGACUAUCGGUGGGUUCGGGUACCCUGUUACGAACAGCAUGCGUACAUCUGUGAAUAUGAUUCACAGUCAUGUCCAUCAAAAGGAGAAACUGUCGCUGAAAAAUGCAUCACAAUCUCCGGAACAAAUGAGACGUGGUUCAGAGCGCGAUACGAUUGUAUUCAAAAUGGCGGUGAUCUCGUCACCGUCGCAACGGAACAAGCCCAAACAGAACUGAUGACGUACUUCACAGGAUUGAAUCUGACAUUUUGGAUCGGGGCUACCAGCUUUGAAUGGAAAUUAACGAAUGGCGAUACAAUGAUAUUCACGGAUUGGGAGCAAGGUCAGCCAAGACCGCCAGGCAAAUCCGUACACACCCAACUUUUUAAAAAAGAAGGUUCCCAUGACCUAAAAUGGCAGCUCCAGUUUAACCGUGCAUUUCUUGCCAAAUAUAUUUGUAAAAGAGCCGCUCAGGGCAGUGGGCCGCUCACCACACCGACAUUACCUUUCCCAAAUUCAUCGCCGGGUUCAACCAGCACCGUAAUACCGCAAGAUACGACGGAUGGAGAUGAUCCCAGUGGACUGCAGCAAGAUGAGAUCCCUGUUGUUAAAAUUGUUGUAGUUGUCGUCAUUAUCCUGGUUCUUUCUGUCGUUUUGGCAAUCUGUAUUAUUCUCAUCAAAAAAAGGCGACAGCGCCCAGACCUCUACAGCGACACUGAUAAACUCUCAGUAACGGGUGACAUAGAAGACUACACCAACCCAAUGAACCACGCCAACAGCUACGACAACGCAACGACGACCACAACGCCGAUUGCAGUGCCACCAACGGAGACAUUCAAACCUGCGAAAGCUGCCAAGAUCGACGGAGUGGAGUACAACAAGGAGAAUGAAAAGGUUCGAACUCUUUAUCGGACAGCUUCCGGUCGCCCCGUGAACCGCACCUCAGCUGGCGACACAAUAGGGUCCGAGAGUUCAGGUCUACCAUCUUUCGACGAAGAAUAUAUCGAUCCUAAGGAAAUGUCACAGCGCACGAACCCAUCCACCAAGUCAAGAGAAAGCCGAUCGAGUUUCACGAACCCGUGCUACCAAGGUUGGGGUGAGGCUGACGAUGAACAUUACGAGACACCAAAUGAGCCAAUCAUGACGAAGGUGUUUGAUUUCACCGGGUCGAUGAAGAGCAAGGAUCCAUCUGGAGACGGGGAAACACCCGGUUUGGCGCCAACAAAAGAUGGUUCAGGCACAUCUGAUAAUACGCGAGACGCGCGCAAGUUGGACUCGGUGCGCGACAGGCCGGCUCAGCCGCUUCCGGGUGAUGACCCAACAGGAGACUCAGUCUAUGAACUCGAAGGAGAUUCGCUAACAAAAUCUCAUGCAACAAACGAUAAGGCCAUGAAAGAAACUAAUGAUGAAAAUAUAUACGAAGACCCUGAUGACAAUAAUGACCCUGAUGCGUAUUCAUAUACGUAUAUGCAAUUUCAGCCCAAAAAGUAGUCAAGUUUCCUGAAUAACUCAAAUGCGUAGUAUUCAAAGUGAAAGUUAUGACAGGCUUUUGGAUGUUUACAUACACUAACAAUGUACAUCAUAUACCUGCAUCAUCUCUAAAUUAGGAAUGAUCGGAAUUAUCAAAUCGAUUGGUGAUCAGAGGCCAAGUCAUGUAUUCUGACUUUUGACCGAAACUUGACUAGUGUCAAAUCGAUCGAACCUAUGUUAUAGUGAUCUAUAUACAUGUAUGUAUAGGGUAAGUAAUA